UAAAUCGUUCAGUUUCAAACAUUUUCUGUUAACGAAAUCAACAACAACUCAAGGCAUCACCAUGAAAAUUAUUUGCAGUAUUUUAAUCCUUGCUGGAGUUUUUGCUCUAAUUGAUGCAUUUGCGAUGCAAUUACGCGAAGAACCCCAAACUCCGAGACUUCAAGAAUUGAUGAGGGACAGGGCUUCACCAGUAUGUUCCCAAGCAUAUCUCCAAGAAUUGAGUGCAAUAUUGGACACAUACAAUGCAGCUACUGACGAGUGUGACAAUGCCCUUCAAGCCAGAUUAAAUGAACUCGAUGAAGGUGCAACAGCUACAUUGAAAGAAUUAAGUGCCAGUGUUGCCACCGUAUGCGCCCUUUCGGGUGAAUGCACGGAAUCGGGACCAGCUGUCGACAAUUUGGGCUGUUUCGCAACAAAGGGUCAGGAAAGCUCUAAGACAUUAUCAUCGGUAUCGAUUGAAGCUUCGACUGCUAGAACUCAGCUACAGAUGGAUAUUGCAAAUGCCAAGGAUAUUGAAAAUGUUUGCAACUCGAAAGCCUGGCACCAAAUGAGUGCUGCUAGAGAUGCAGCACAGAAUAAAUUCAACGAUUGUGUAAAUGGCAUCACCCCAACACCAUCAGCACCUGAAACUCCAUCAUCAGAAGCAUCUGAAACUGCAGCAACAGAAGCACCUGAAACUCGUGGUGGAAUGUCUGUUAUUGAACACUAAAAAUGUUCAACAGAUUUUUAAAAUUUUUUAGCUCAACGAUUUUUUGAUGUUUGUCAAUAUUGUGAUUGAAAAAAAAAAUAACCCCUUUUUUCUGUAUAAUAGAUUAGACAAACUUAAUAAAAAUUACACUGAACAUGGGCAAAAUUGCAAAAGAA